CAGGCUUCCGUUUAUUCAGCGGUAACAGGGGAGGAAGAUGCAUGAAAGUGGAAAGAAUCACGAUACGAUCACAUGAGCACUUGUAAGAUGAUAUCAUGUGAUAGGUUUGAGGCCAGUUUGUCCAGUGUUGAACUUUGUUAAAAGCAGAGCAGACAGAUACUUCAGCAUGGCCAGAUGGAGCUGGGCUUUUUUAUUCCUGUUACUGGGAGGUUGUUACUGUCAGUAUAAACCUACAUGGGAGUCGAUUGAUUCGAGGCCCCUGCCUGAAUGGUUUGAUCAAGCAAAGUUUGGGAUCUUUAUACACUGGGGUGUAUUUUCAGUUCCCAGCUAUGGCAGUGAGUGGUUCUGGUGGUAUUGGCAAGGUCAGAAAAUUCCAUCCUAUCUGUUCUUUAUGGCCAAAAACUACCCCCCUGGAUUCACGUAUCAAGACUUUGCACCGCAGUUUACCGCUGAGUUCUUCAAUGCCCAGGACUGGGUCGACAUUUUUGCGUCAUCCGGAGCAAAGUAUAUCGUCCUCACAACUAAACAUCAUGAAGGUUACACCUUGUGGGGUUCAAAGUACUCAUGGAAUUGGAAUGCAGUGGAUGUUGGGCCAAAGCGGGAUCUGGUGGACGAAAUAGCCACUGCUUUACGGAAGUAUAGCAACCUGCGCCUAGGACUCUAUCACUCUCUCUUUGAGUGGUUUCACCCUCUUUUCAGAGCAGAUGCUGACAACAAUUUUACUACCUCUUCAUUUCCUCAAGAUAAAACCCUGCCUGAGCUUUAUGAGAUCGUAAACAAGUACAAACCAGAAGUACUUUGGUCUGAUGGAGACGGAAAUGCCCCAGACCAGUACUGGAAUAGCACAGGGUUCCUUGCAUGGCUAUACAAUGAGAGCCCUGUGCGGGACACGGUUGUGACUAAUGAUCGAUGGGGAAGGGGUUGUAUUUGUACACAUGGUGGAUAUUACACAUGUGCUGACCGCUACAACCCAGGACACCUGCUGAAGCACAAAUGGGAGAACUGCAUGACAAUUGACCAGCGCUCAUGGGGCUAUAGACGAGAGGCUAAACUCAGUGAUUACCUCACCAUUGAGCAGCUGAUUAAGACCCUUGUGGAGACUGUGUCUUGCGGGGGGAAUUUGUUAAUGAACGUGGGUCCAACACACGAUGGCCGCAUUGCUCCCAUAUUUGAGGAGAGACUGAGGCAGAUAGGCCAGUGGCUGAAUGUUAAUGGUGAAGGAAUCUACAACACGACUGCUUGGAGAGUGCAGAAUGACAGCGUUACACCUGGAGUUUGGUACACAUGGAAGCCAAAGGAGAAGACAGUCUAUGCAUUUUUGCUUUCAUGGCCGAGUAGUGGCUAUGUUAUUCUCAGUGACCCUAUAAUAUCAGAAGCUCAAACACAGGUGGUAUUACUGGGAUACAAACCACUGAAGUGGGCCCCAGUGAAACCCAGUGGUCUACAGGUCUACCUUCCUGCUCUGUCUCCUGGUCAGAUGCCUUGCUCCUGGGUGUGGACUCUUCGUCUGAUUGGUGUAGAUUAGGGACAAUAAUCAUCAACAAUAUUUCUCAAAGGAUUGGGCACAAUAUUCACAUGGUAAUAUUGUAUAGGCAUGGCAAAGAAGCUAUGCCAUUCUAAUGUUUUUUUAAAAAAAAUUUUAUUUUAAAAUCCUGUUGUCUCACGUGUGUAUAAAUUAAAUUUUUUUUUAAAUAAAUGUUCCCCCAUAGUGAAAUACUGUGAGUGAAUGUCUGUCUGUGACUAUUGAAUCAUUUUCUUUGUGUGUGUAAAACUGAUCAAAAAUUCAAAGUAUGUGUUAAAGCACUGUGGGGUGGGUUUUUUUUCUUUUUUGGGGGGUAUGGUAGAGUAAGAAUGUAUUUAAAAUUAUACAGGGGGAGAUAUGCUACCUAGUCCACAAAAAUGAGAUUUUAUAAAUCAAAAUGAGUGAAUUAAAACAAUGAUUUGAGCUCCAA